GAGCAACAACCUAAUACAAUUUACUCAUGCAGCAAGACUAUUCAUUACUCAAACAGCAUUAGCCAAUUGAUUUAUCUUCUUCCGUACAGUGCUCUAUGUAAGUCCGCCUUAAGAGUACAGGAGCAAGCUACAGCCCAUCGCAUCAGAUGGGUAACGUGCCCAGUACAGUAAAGCACUGUCUGAGCUCCGAACAACUGCUACAGGAUAACCCAUGGCUGAGGAGCUGGCUACUGGAAAAGAAGAACACAACCACACAAGGCUUUCCUGAACAUGUGAAAAUUGUGGAGGUUGGUCCAAGAGAUGGACUUCAAAAUGAAACAGAAAUUGUUCCAACGGAGGUUAAAAUCCAGCUGAUAGACAUGCUCUCCGGAACAGGCCUGUCAGUGAUUGAGGCCACAAGCUUUGUUUCUUCAAAGUGGGUACCACAGAUGGCAGACCACACUGAGGUACUAAGGGGAAUCCAAAGAGCAGCUCAUGUCCGCUACCCAGUUUUAACACCAAACCUACAAGGAUUUCAAGAUGCUGUUGAUGCUGGUGCCACUGAAGUAGCUGUAUUUGGCUCAGCAUCAGAAAGCUUUAGCCAAAAAAACAUAAACUGCUCCAUUGAUGAAAGCAUGGUGAGAUUUGAGGAAGUAAUUAACAGUGCUCUGGAGAAGCAUAUCCCCGUCAGAGGAUAUGUGUCUUGCGUUCUUGGUUGCCCCCAUGAGGGAUACACUGAGCCCGCUAAAGUUGCUGAGGUAGCGAGGCGGCUGUAUGAUCUGGGCUGCUAUGAGAUCUCCCUGGGGGACACUAUCGGUGUGGGGACUCCAGGCUCCAUGUCCAAGAUGCUCCAGAGUGUGAUCAAAGAAGUGCCUCCUCAGGCUUUGGCGGUCCACUGCCACGACACAUACGGACAAGCGCUGGCCAACAUCCUCACUGCACUACAGAUGGGGGUGAGUGUGGUGGACUCGGCCGUGGCUGGUCUGGGAGGGUGCCCGUAUGCUCAGGGGUCAUCUGGAAAUGUCUCAACAGAGGAUGUUCUCUACAUGCUCCAUGGCAUGGGCAUUGAAACAGGAGUGAGUCUUCCUAAGGUGGUCGAGGUUGGUGAAUUCAUCUGCACUGCUUUGCGUCGCCAAACAAACUCAAAAGUUGCCCGGGCCCAAACCAGGAAGUUAUAGUGUAUUAAAUGUAUUCUUGUUCCUUCUUAAGUGCUUCCCUGACUGUCGCUGCCUUUAAAUCUGUGUCCUAUGCUGCUGUACCUCUACAAUGCUGUGUUCUUCAAGCCUCCUUAUACUAACAAUCUUCAUCUUGAUUUAAGUAUUGGUAAAUGCAUUUCUUUUGUAAUUAUUCUGUGUGGUCUGAAUAUGAAAAACUAUAUGUAUCUAUAUAUUUAAAAUGGUAGUUAUUUAUUAUAAAACUGGUAAUGCAAUCAUGAUCAUUUUCUUCAUAGUAUCAAACGUUAAAAUUUUACUGUUAUGUUUAUUGUGAGUGGAAACAUCAUGGUUUUACAAUUAUUUCUGACCAUUGACACCAUAACCAAACAGUAGUGGAAUUGUUUUGUUUUUCUUUUAAUUUCUGUAGUAUUUACUCAGCUUUAUGAGAUCAAACAUUUUCGAAUGAUAAAGUAAAGUUAAUGUGACGUAAACAGCCAGACAGAAAAAGCACUUUACCUUUAGGUUGACUUUUUAUAGAUGAAAUAGAAAUGACUUAUUUUUGCUUCUACAAAUGAUCACAAUAUUUAUUUUUGGUUCUUAAAAUUAUGAGCUUAUUUUUCACAGUCUUUAAAAAGUUCUCUGAAAAUCCUUGUUCUUCUCUCUUGAAAGUGUCUUAAUGACAUUUUAUUGCCAGCAGCAUUCUCAGAAAGGGUUGUGUGUGGUAAGAGCUUAAAAGCCACCGCCUGAUUCAUGUUUGCCAAAUAAGUGCUCUUCUCAUUCAGUCUUUAAAACAUGGCACCACAAUAUAUGCUAUUUUUCUAAAUGUGUGGGGUUAUUACGCUCUUUUUUUUCUCCCAUUAUCAAAUAAAAACACAAAUCUUCCA